AUGGACGCAGAGAAGGAGGCGGCGGCUUGUCCGACCCGCGGCUCCCAGCGGGCAGCGGCAGGAUCAAGAAGGGGCGGGCGAGCGGGACAAGCCGCGGUGCCGGCGAGGGGCGUCGAGGUCCUCGCCGCCCCCGAGAAGCCGUACCUCGAGGGCCGCGCCCGUCGGGCCUCCGCUUCUACCGGCCCGGGGGUCGCGUCCCUGCCGCCCCUCUUCCUCGUCCCUCCGGCCCUGGUGGCGGUGAGGGAGCCCGGCCCGGGCGGCUGUCUGCCGGGAACUGAGGGACAAGGUGGCGGCGGCUCUCAGAGGCACCGCGAGAGGAGGGCUACCCUGGCUACUGUGGGGAUUAGCACCCGUCGCGGCCGCGAACUGGCCUCCAUCACCGCCGACCUGCCCCGGCCGCCAUGUUGGGAGGAAACGACGCGUCACGCAGCGGCCGAACGGCUGCAGAGGAGGAAGCGGCGGCGGCGGCGGCGCUGCCUGCCCAGAGCUGCCGCGGCGCCGGGAGACUGGGGGCGGAGGGCGGCGCGGGAGGAGCGGCCCGGGCUGCAGCGCUACGGCGGCCCGGCGGGGCCUCCAGCGUUCGCCUGCAGGGCGGUGUGGGGCGUGGCGGGCCUCUGGUGGCACCGCGCCCAGCACUUCGGUCUCUUGGUGGCGGCCGAGCUGCGGGACCAGAGAUCCCCCCACUCGGCACCCCUGCUCCGGCCGAGUGAACAGGACUCCUGGCUACUCUGCACCGGCUUUCUAACUUUGUGACGGGGGUGCAGUCGUUUGCAUUCCAGGGGUCACGGGAACACCCGCAUCGCCCGUUCUCAGCCGCACUGGGUCUCCGCCUGCAUCACUCGCCUCUAAAAUUUCCUUCCCCAGUGCACGGAACUGCUAUCCGGGACUGUGCUCUCCGACUACCUCAGGGAGGAUUCUGUUUUGGGAAAAGUGUUGAUCCAUUUCUAAUUCAUCUUUGUUUCUUCAAAAUGGAGUGUUGGGCCAGUGACAUUAUCCACCCCACCUUGAAAUCCUAGAGCCAUUUCUACAAGGUUCAUUACUCCAUUUCAUUAAGCAACAGGUCCUGCUAGCUAAAGUCUUUAAAAAAAAAAAAUAGCAGUAGCAAGUGACAGUUUUAGGAACAUUUCCUAACUCCAGUCUGUGACAUGCCCAUGAACUUUCCACAUUAAGAGGAAGUGGUAGGGUGGAAAAUUCUAAUCUUUUCGAAACUUUGGGACUCUAUAAAAAUUCCUGGGUGGGAGAAGAAGCUGGAGAAGAAAUCCUUGAUCUGUAACUUAAUAUAUGUGUAUAUUUUAUGUGUACAUGUUGGCCUGCCUACCUACGUGUUACAAAGCACGACAUCCUACAUGCCACAGAGAUGCAUCUCACAGGAGGCUAAGACAAGGUACCAGUUCUAAAAAAGCUGACAGCAGAGGCAGAAGGAAGAUGCAAACACAAAAAACAGUAACUAAUUGUGAAGCAGGAUGAAAUAAGUGAUAACAAAGAGGCAAGAGUGACUUGUGGUGGGUUCUGACUGAUGGGAGGUUUUAUAUAGCAGCACCAAGUACCAUACAGAUUCCAGGUUCAAACGCACACACAACAGGAAGAUGAGAAAGCUUAAGACUCAAAAUGAAAUGGAUUAGAUAAUGUAAUAUAUACGAAAGUCCUGGCAGAUGGCUUCACUUAUUGUUGUAAGAAGGAGUUAGCAUUUGAUUUGAGCUCUGAAGGAUAAAAGAAUUUUAAGUGAGGAGAAGGGUGUUCCAGGCUGAGGAAGAGUUGACAGUUUGAGUCUUGGGAGUAAGGUGGGGAAUGAAGAGUUGAUGAGGUGCUAGCAAACAGUGCCUGGAGAGAGAAAACAGGAGUCUGAAAGCUAUGCUAGACAAAGCACCAAGAGCUUUGUGUAACAGGCUGCGGAGCUGGGAGGAAAUGAAGAAAAGAAAAAGGUGGUUAUUCAACCUCCGCAUUCAGACACAUCGCCGCCACCCAUUCUCUGGUCCACCUGAACUGGUCAGAAAUAACCAAAGGAGGAUAAGGAAAUCAACGUGUUGCAACAACAAGGACAUCUUUGUAGCAGUGCAGUGUCCUAAUUGUGACUAAUUGUGAAACAGUUCAUCACCUCUGCUCACCCAGACCCCUCUCCUAUCAGCACCACCACCUCUUCCACCAAUCCCCACAGUAUUAACUCCACUUCCACUCUGUCUGACAUCACCCCCCUCAACCCUUCAGCUCCGCCUCUUCAAUCUGGACCAGCAGCAGCCCCUACUGCCAGAAGGACACGACAGCCACCCAGCAUGGCAGAGCAAACUUGCACAGGGAAAGUGUGCUAGGAAAUGGCUGCACACUGUCCCACUAGGGAAUGCCAUCCUCUGCCAACUAAGGAAUUCCAUGGAAAAGAUUCAUGUCAGUGGACAGAUCCAGAUGGUGCCUGGUACUCUGCAGGUCCUUAAUAACUUUCUGUUAAAUUGGGUCUUAAUUGUUUGUGAGUUAUUGAUUAUAAGAAGUUCAUUUUCU